AUGGUUGGUGAGAAGGUUCUGCUGAAGGUUUCGCCUGUGAAAGGCGUUCUGAGAUUUGGGAAGAGAGGAAAGUUGAGUCCUCGAUUCAUAGGCCCUUUCGAGAUUCUGGAGAAGAUUGGAGGGGUGGCUUACAGGCUUGCUUUGCCACCUAGGUUAUCUGGAGUGCAUCCGGUAUUUCAUGUGUCGAUGCUUCGGAAAUAUGUGGAGGACCCGUCACAUGUAUUGGAUUUCAGCUCGCUGCAGCUUGAUAGUGAUUUGACCUAUGACGUGGAGCCAGUUGCCAUUCUAGACAGGCAGGUUCGCAAGCUGAGAUCCAAGGAGAUAGCAUCG